AUGAAGGCUUUCAAGGCCUCGUUAAAGGCAAAGCUGGACGUUUCUCCCUUGGAUUUUCACUUCUCGACUGUCUACGGUAUCGACGAGAUUUUACAGCUCGCCAAAAAUGCUGAGUUGAUUGGAAGUUCUUGGCAGGCCCCUAUCAUGAUACCCGAAGAUUGUGCCAGUGAUGCCACCCUGCAGCCCCAUUCCUCAUUUGCUGAGCCAGUCCAGCCAAUCAGGACCGAUGAUGGUAGCCUAAUUAGCCAACUUAAUGAUGCAUUAUUACUAGGUCAGACGAUCGAAUGUGAAUCGCCUUUGCUAUAUCUUCCCAACCCACAUGAGAGUGCACCGGUCCUAGAUUCUUUAAAACACGCGCAUCCUUCUCAUUAUCAUUCAUUUCAAGUCGGUAGCACAGAUGCAAGAGAGGCAAAAGAACAUCAAAGUCUAAGACCAAUGAAGCGCCAACGCUUGUAUUCAGAUGCUCUCGAAACCACGACCAGCACCUCGGCAAACCCGAACUCACCACCUUCGGUAGCGUCCGCACGCGAUAUAGCGGAUGAGGAAUUUGUCGCAUCUUUACUGAAUGAUCCGAUGGAUUUUGAUGAGUUUGGACAGAGGCUAUUUUCAGACUUUCCUGAAGCAAGCACGUCGGUGUUAGAUCAGUCACGAGUUGUCCCUGCUUCUCACCAUCAACUCCCUGCUGAUUCAAGUGCUUCUCGACCUAACUUGGAUUUGUCAGGGCAGCAUGAGACUGGAAUCGACAAACCCCGUACACGACAAAUCAUCGAUCUCACGGGAUCCCUGAAAGUAGAAAGCACUACUGGUGAAAGCUCUUCAACAUAUCCGACAAGUGGAAAAGGUAUCGGCCCUGUUCCAAGCUCCUUCAAUGUUGAUGCGAUCCCAGUCUACAAGUCAUCUAGAACUCGAAUCGUUAAAGUGUACGAUCACAUAACUUCUCAUGUGCCCACAGCUCCAUGGAAUGAUUUGCAAGUUCAUGAGGGGGAAAAGCCUAGGGAAAAACAGUUUGAAUAUCUUCCAUGCAUAGUUUCGAAUCAAGCUCUGUCAUCAACAACCGGAUUCAAAGAUUUUAAAUCUGGGAUUCCUGAGCGAAAAGCGAUGCUAUUGUGGGUCGCAAAACAAAUUUUCUGCCCCCAAGAUAGUCUUCCAGUGAUUGGAUAUGUUCAACCACAUCAGCUUCAAAAAGGAUUUGGACCAGUCCAGCAAUGGAUUAUAUGGUACCUUCAUUUUCAAGAUCAAGAACAAGCGUAUGUCACCGCAACAGCAAUAUUUGGAUUGUGGUGGAAAACUCAGUUCCCAGAAGAAUGGCAAAAUUUGAUGAAAAUCAAUCAUUCUUUUUGGGAUCUGAUGGCAGAUUGUGCAAGGAAAAUGCCCAUUGGUCCCAAUGAAACUCAAGCAAUUGGAUUCUUUAAAACAGAAAUCACAAAUCCUCCACCUGAUCUUGCAGCUUUUAAACUAGAUGAACUUAGAAGAUUAACUCAGGAAUCCCAAUUUGACCAUCUGAUCAUCAAGUCAAGAAUCUCACCAGAGAAAGUUUUGACUGAAGAAAGGGGCAUACUUGAUAGAUUUUGUGAGAUUUACAAGGAAAUGAACCAAGCAGCCAAGGAAUUAAGAUCAGAAAACGGGAAAUUAAUGGAUUAUCAGUUCUCUUAG